GGGAGCGUCAGUAGCCUGCUCGUGCUGCUUUCGCGGCAAAAAGGAUUUGGCGCGCAAACGUGUGCGAGGCCGGGACCAGCUGGGAACAAUAACAGUGGCUGAGUUGAGCGCGAGCGGAUCGGCUGAGCUCGCUGGUGGAAAAGACGGGCGGGGAAAAAAAAAAAGCUUCCAUUGGAUUUUGGCCGGGGCGGGGAGAAUCUCGGAGAGACCCGAGUGGAAGAAAGCUGGGCAGCUGGGAAGUCAGCGCUGGCCCGGAGAGAGUGGAUGGAAGAGCGCCCCGCGAUGUGCUGCUGCCUGUAACCCCCCCACCCUCCCUUCCUCUUCCCCUUCCCCUUCCCCUUCCCCCCCGAGCGGCGCCAGACAAGGACUCGCCGAUGUCCUGCACAGCCGCUCUGCUGCUCUCCCUUCUCGCUCUCGCCUUCCAACUUACGGCCUUGGCUGGAUGCGGCUCCUCCGGACACCAUUUCCCGGGCCUCUGCUCUUAAAAGAGGAUGGGGCGUGUUCCAUCCUACCAGCCUCUGCCAUCCGGUGUCUCCCUCCACCGCAGCGGCCGGGACGAUGACAUUAGUCCGCUGAGGCGACUCUGAUUCCGGGGUGGGGGGACUCAAGACGGGGGGGACAGUUUCGAUUUCCUGCGGUGUGUGGAGAAGAGGGGGGGCAACCCGGGCUCCCAACCCCCCACCCCCACUCCACCCCCGCCCUGCCUUCCUCCAAGUCCUCGGGCAUGUGAGUCCCAGCGCUUUGUGCCAUGUCUCUGGAGGGGCUGGAAGUAACUCAGAAUGUGGCAGAUCUGGAAGCCUUGCUGAGGGGAGCGGAGGCCAUCCAUGUGAUGGAACAGCAGAUUGUGAUCAUUUCCACUCCAGACCAGCUCCCCGCGUCCGAAGGAGACCACGACACCGAGCUGCUGCUCUUUGCCACUCCACAGCCCGCCAGAUUGGAGACUGUAACGCAGAGGCCUGCUCUGGAACGGCCACCGGUAAAACGGAAAUUGAAUUUGGAGACUGACCAUCAAUACAUUGCAGACCAUGCUCAGGUGGCUCGAGGAAAAGCAAAAAAUCCUAUAAAAGGUUUAAAGUCUCCUGGAGAGAAAUCCCGCUAUGAAACGUCUCUCAACUUGACCACCAAGCGCUUCUUAGAGCUAUUGAGUCAGUCUCCUGAUGGUGUUGUGGAUCUCAACUGGGCUGCUGAAGUACUAAAGGUGCAGAAGAGGCGUAUUUAUGACAUAACAAAUGUCCUGGAGGGCAUCCAGCUCAUCACCAAGAAAUCCAAGAACCAUAUCCAAUGGCUGGGGAACCGGACUUCUGUGGCGGGCACCAAUAAGAAUCAAGUGUUAAUGAAGGAACUACAGGAUCUUCAAGCAGCAGAACAGCAUCUGGACAGCCUCAUCCAGAUGUGUACUACUCAAUUCAAGAUCCUUACUGAGGAACCUGAAAACAAGCAUUCAGCUUAUGUGACUUGCCAAGAUCUACGCAACAUUGCAGACCCCUCAGAGCAGUUGGUGAUGGUCAUCAAAGCCCCCCCUGAGACACAGAUGCAAGUCUCUGAUCCUGCAGAGGCUUUCCAGAUUGCUGUGAAAAGUACUCAGGGCCCUGUUGAUGUGUUCCUGUGCCCAGAAGAAAGCUCUGGUGUCUGUAGUCCUACCAAGAGUCCAUUGAAAGUGGCUCCUGAGGAGCCUUCUUCACAACCUUCACAAACAACACCCUCUGUGCUUCUACACCCUUCUCAGGAUACAAGUUUGCCAUUGCUGAGUGGAGACCAAGAACCUUUGUUAUCUGGAGAGACUACACUGCCUCUGAAGUGUCCCGGGGAUGAUGUAAACCUCUCACCACUGGCUUCCGUGGAUGCCUUGCUUCUGCAGGGCAAGGAUGACUUCUCAAGUUUUCUGCCCUCUGAAUUCAUUGCACUUUCACCACCCCAGACUCAGGACUAUCAUUUUGGCCUCGAGGAGGGUGAAGGCAUCAGUGAGCUCUUUGACUGUGACUUUGGAGAUUUCACCUCCUUGGAUUUCUGAAUAUCCUCGGAUUGGGGAAAGAGGAGCACCACCUGGUCAACUCUACCCCACCACGGGGGGGAUCUUCUUGCAGCUGACAUCUGAACCUAAUUCCAGGGCUAGUUGUCAUCUUCAGGGCCAGUGUGCUGUAAAUCAGAUGCCAGGGAAGAAAAAUGGCAGAAUGUGGGUCUGGCAUCAAUGACAGUGAGAGCACUCAACUCCUGGAAGGGUUGCUGCCUUUUGCUGGCCAUCUCCCUGUAAUUGAGGGAGAUGGCUGUGAAGCUAAUUGCUGCUGUGAAUGUUGCAAGCUUGUUUUUGUGAGCUGAUUGAGAGACAGCAGGCAUCACCUCAAGCCUGCUGUGCCCAGGCCCAGAGUAGUAAUAAUACUUAGGAAUAGGGAGUAGGGUCAUCUUGAUUCUCUGGUGCCAUGUUUGGAAUCUAUAGGGAUAGCUUUAGAGAUGCUGUUGCAGCAGCCUAGUUAUUCUUGUUGAACCACUCCUUUCCCUGAAUUUCACUUUAGAUAAUACUUGGCUGUGGGCAGGGCCCCUAUUUUUAUCAGGUUCUUAAUUUUCUAUGUUGUGAGCAAUUUCUCAGUCUUGGCUUAGAAAAACACGAUGGUCAGAAGCUAUCCUUAGAAGAGGGGGCCCCUCCAUUCCUGUUUUGGUUGUAUGGCAGAAGCACUGAGCACAUUAUUGUGAGGGACACCUUUCUGCCAGGCAGCGAUGGGAGAAGGUGACCAGAAUGGUACUUCUCAGAACAGUCAUUGAUCUGUCCUCUUGCAGUCUAUCUCUAUCUGUUUGGCUGGCAUUUUUACCUUUACCUAGGACUGGGAAAUUCUGUAUGCUGGCAAAUGAUGAACCAGAGAUUUGCAACUCAGUAGUUAAACAAUGGUCAAGUAGAAGAAAGAAAACCAACUGGAUGGAUAGCAUGGGUGAUACAAUGGGAGCCUUUUGUUAAAUAUGCUGCUCAAACUAGUGAAAGGUAAUGGGUAAUUGGAUAUGUUAGAAAAGUGGGCAUUUUUUAAAAAAAUUGCUCUUUUUUUAAAAAAAAUGCCCUGGUUGAAAAGGAGAAACUGGCUUUCAAAUAUGAGGCACCAAGAAUGGUGGGGUGAAUUGUUUCUGGAUGCCGAUGCAAACAUUUUUUUUUUUCUUUUUCCUCAUAAGCCUCGCCAUAAAGCUUUAAGGAGGGUCCUGUACAGAUUAUUUAUUUAUUUUGGGUGUUCCUCACCACCCACUAUGGAUAUUAUUUUGUGGAAAUUCCGUUCCCUGGUAGAAUACAUCUAUAUCUAUCUGGGGAUGUGAUGGGUUUUUAUUAUGAUGAUUUUUUUUUCAUAGUGAGGUGCUCAGUCUGCUCAGCUGUCUUUAGGUUUAGAGCAGACAGCCAGCAAGGCAGAGGGGAUACUGCUUGUCGUAGGAAAUGAAGUUACUGGAACGUUUUGCUUCAGCAGGAGGAAAGGGAGAGUUGCUGGCUAUUCUCCAUAAUCGUAAGGGAGGUUAACCCUACACAUUAUUGUGAGACAGCAACCAACCAAUGCCUUUGUUUGCCCCUUUCCUGUAAAGUGAAGGGAAAAACACUGACUCUUUCUCUUUAUUAUCCCAAUCCCCAUGCUAAGCAUAAGGUGCGUCCAGAAAUCAUGGAUUCAUAUUAUUUAUUUAUUAUUUAUGUGGCUCCAUCCAGUGUUCCUGGAAGAUAAAGGAUAGUGACAGAGAGAAAUAUGGGUGCAUGAACUCAACACGUCCAGGUAUGUGGAAAGAGACCUUUUAAGUAUCCGAUUAGAAUUGCUGACCUAGCAAAUGGCAGCAGAGGACCAGGGAACAAGUAGGUUGUAGUCAGAGAGCCUUGAAUGGUGAAGAGAUUCAAUGUCUCAUCAAUAUGUUGAGAUAGUAUGACUGGUCAAGACAAGUGAACUGAAAUGCUAUUUAUUCAUAGAGGAUGGACAGCAGGUUCAUCUUGUAGAACAGUAUUUCUCCACUUCAUUCAUUUUAAGGUGUGCAGACUUUUAACUCCCAGAAUUCCUCAGCCAUUCAAUGCUGGGAAUUGAAGUCCACGCAUCUUAAAGUUGCUGAGAUUG